UCCUUCCUGACCGCGUACGACGCCGCGCUCGCGUCCGCGCCGGUGCUGACGAAGUCCAUCACGUCGUGGGCCGGGUUCACGAUCGCGGACGUCGUCGCGCAAGCGCUCACGAACGCGCUCGACCUCGACGCGAACGCGAACGACGACGGACGGAGCGGGAGCGGGAGCGUUCGGUUCGACCCGUCGCGAACGCUCCGCAACGGACUGUUCGGGCUCGCGUUCUACGGGCCCGUCUCCGGCGCGUGGUACGCGUGCUUGGACGCGAACGUGAUGACCGAGGACCCGAACGGCGCGACCGCGGUCGCGGCGAAGACGUUCCUGGACCAGGCGCUGUGGGCGCCGGCGUUGGUCACGAGCCUCUUCGCGUGGGAUUUGGCGUGCUCGGGGGAGCCGCUGCGCGACCUCAUCGAUACCCUGUACGUGAACUGGAGCUUCUGGCCCGCGUUUCACGUCCUGAACUUCUCGUUCGUCCCGCCUGGAGAGAGGAUACUGUACGUCAACGUCGUGCAGGUCAUCUACAACGUGUUUCUGUGCGUGAAAGCC